CAACAUCUGCGGUCUUUAAAAAUACAUUUCGUUUAGUGCUCAAAAUUGAACAACGAAUCGGUAUACAUUCUGUAACACCUUAUAAGCUCGCUCACGAGGAGUCGAUGGCCCUGAAGGAUGAAGAUCAGUUCCAGCUAGCUUUACAGAACACAAUCACAUUGGCAGGACACACAGGGUAUGCAGAAUGGUAAAAGCCGGGAAGCUCAAACGUUCGGAGAGGAGGCAGCCAGAACCACAAAUUGAAGUUGGAGUUCCAAAGGCCGACAGCACGGGCGCACACUCGCAGCAUCAUGCGCCUCCUCCUCCGCCAAGAUCAUCGACUAAAAAAGGUGCAGGAGGGCGCCAACGCGGCUCGUUAUCGUCCGCAAAGGCGCGCGCGAAAAGGGAGAAAGCUCUUGAGCGAGAAGAGAAGCUUGAGGUCAAAAAGAUUCACAAAGCGCUCAGAGAGGACAAAGUCAAGGCUGCCAAAAGUUGAGGCUGUAUUCAUAAAGCGGAUUUGUUGUUCGAGCGAUACAACUUGCAGUGUGGUAUAUCAUUUGUAUUUGCAUGACCGUGUUGGUGCCCCUAGAAUGCAAGUAAACAUGCCUCGAUGCUUUCCCACAGCCAUCUCUCAAGUCGCA